AAACAGAGUCUCGCAAGACAUAAACAAAUCCAUACCGGUGAAAUGCCCUAUGUAUGUGAUGAAUGAGGUAAGGGAUUUAAGAAAAAACAGAGUCUCAUAUGACAUAAAGAAAUCCAUACAGGUGAGAAACCCUAUGCAUGUGAUCAAUGUGGUAAGGCAUUUAAUAAAAAACGGAGUCUCAUAAGACAAAAACUUAUCCAUACAGGUGACAAGCCCUAUGUAUGUGAUCAAUGUGGAAGGGCAUUUUCCAGAUCUUAUGAUCUUACAGCACAUAUGAUAAUCCAUACAGGUGGGAAUCCUUAUGUAUGUGAUCAAUGUGGUAAGGCAUAUGCUCAGCAAUCUAAUCUCUCUGCACAUAAACAAAUCCAUACAGGUGAGAAACCAUAUGUAUGUGAUCAAUGUGGUAAGGGAUUUAACAAAAAACAGAGUCUCAUAAGACAUAAACGAAUCCAUACAGUUGGGAAACCUUAUGUAUGUGAUCAAUGUGUUAAGGCAUUCAAUAGAAAACAGAGUCUCAUAAGACAUAAACGAAUCCAUACAGGUGAGAAACCAUAUGUAUGUGAUCAAUGUGGUAAGGGAUUUAACAAAAAACAGAGUCUCAUAAGACAUAAACGAAUCCAUACAGUUGGGAAACCUUAUGUAUGUGAUCAAUGUGUUAAGGCAUUCAAUAGAAAACAGAGUCUCAUAAGACAUAAACUAAUCCAUACAGUUGGGAAUCCUUAUGUAUGUGAUCAAUGUGGAAAGGCAUAUGCUCAACAAUCUAAUCUCACAGCACAUAAACGAAUCCAUACAGGUGAGAAACCUUAUGUACAUGUAGGCAAUCAAUGCGGUAAGGGAUUUAAUCAAUCUAAUGGUCUCAAAAGAAAUAAACUAAUCCAUACAGAUGAGAAACCAUAUGUGAUUAAUGUAGUACAAUAUUUAGUAAAAAACAGAGUCUCGCAAGACAUAAACAAAUCCAUACCGGUGAAAUGCCCUAUGUAUGUGAUGAAUGAGGUAAGGGAUUUAAGAAAAAACAGAGUCUCAUAAGACAUAAAGAAAUCCAUACAGGUGAGAAACCCUAUGCAUGUGAUCAAUGUGGUAAGGCAUUUAA